GCCCUUCCCUGCCCUGCCCUGCCCGGAGCGGGCGGCGCCAUGUGAGGCGCCCGAGGGCCGAGCGUCCGCCUGGCUCGCCAGCCCCGCGCAGCGCCGGCGCCAGCAUGCGCUAGGAACACUGUGUGCUGACUGCAGACCAGGACGGACACUUAGCUCAUCUCUGCAUCUCCAUCACCCAGCGCAGCGCCUGGCACACAGUAGGUGCUCAAGAUCUGGCCCGAGAUGUUGCUGGGAGGAGGUCGGGACUUGGGAGCUGUGGAGGAUUGUGGACGGACCUAAGCCCUUCUGCAGAGGCCAGGCUCAAGGACACGAUGGCAGCCAAGCAGCCCCCACCUCUCAUGAAGAAACACAGCCAGACGGACCUCGUGAGCCGCCUGAAGACCCGGAAGAUCCUCGGUGUGGGCGGGGAGGACGACGAUGGGGAGGUGCACCGGUCCAAGAUCAGCCAGGUCUUGGGCAAUGAAAUCAAGUUUGCUGUUCGGGAGCCUUUGGGGCUCAGGGUCUGGCAGUUUGUUUCUGCUGUGCUCUUCUCCGGCAUUGCCAUCAUGGCCCUCGCCUUCCCUGACCAGCUCUACGAUGCAGUCUUUGAUGGAGCCGAGGUGACCAGCAAGACCCCCAUCCGCCUCUAUGGUGGGGCCCUCCUCAGCAUCUCCCUAAUCAUGUGGAACGCCCUCUACACGGCUGAGAAGGUCAUCAUCCGAUGGACUCUGCUCACUGAAGCCUGCUACUUCGGGGUCCAGUUCUUGGUGGUCACUGCCACACUAGCUGAGACGGGCCUCAUGUCUCUGGGGAUCCUGUUGCUCCUGGCCAGCCGCCUCCUCUUUGUUGCCAUCAGCAUUUACUACUAUUACCAAGUCGGCCGGAGACCUAAGAAAGUCUAGUCACCCACUGGACCAGGGGACCCUGCCCUUCCCAGCCCUGCCCUGGGCAGGUAGCGGUGGCGGCCUCCCUUUCCUCCUGAGACCCCCGGAUGCUGUGAUCUCCUGGGCUUUCAGGUUUGAGAUGCCGGUUUAGGGAGAGACAGGGGCCUCUGAACCCCUUUUCUUUACCCCACACCAUGACACCUCCUUUUCUUGGGUCUCUUGGCCUCCAGAUCCCCUUGAUAGACACUGUCUGAAGAGCUCUAGUCAUGGGGGGAUUGAGCUAAGUCAAGGUUCCAGCCUCUUCUGCCAGGAAUCUCUCCUUUCUUUUGAGAGAGGCUGUGGACCACUCCCCACCCUGCUCCCUGUACCCACAGCCAACCUAGUGGCCAAGUAGCUAAACUUGGCUUCUCUAUAUGUCUGGAAAACCUGGGAACUUGACCUGUGCCCUUAUCCCUCCCACAUGCAGGCCCCCUCUGCACCCCAAAGACACACACACAUACACACACACAUGUGCGCGCACACGCACGCAUGCGCACACACGCCUCCCACAGCCCAGCUGUGGGGGACAGGCAGGGCAGGCUGUGCUGAGUCGUAACUUGCUCUUCUAGCCUUCCUGUGAGCUGGCAGCCUUGCCCCUCUUCCAGGGCUGCCGCCACACCAGGCCCCAGGAAGCCUCUCAACUGGCCUGGGUUCAGAGUCUGCCAGCAGUCACAACCACUGUCCCCCUCCCCCCAACUAAGACAAAUGGACACGCAGCCCCGGAUGGAGGCCACCCAAAAGUGAUGGGGUUUGGAGAUGAGGAAGGAAAGGAAAGAAAAUCUGUGGCAUGUCCUUGUCCCUCCAAGGCCUGAUGUCCACCUGGCUCAGCCCCUCCCCUGCAGGGUGCUGCCCUCUGGACCUCCAGCCUGGGCUACCCUCAGGGCCUGGCUGAGUAGGACUGGUUGCCCCUUAAACUCAGCAGGGGAAAUAAAUAGCUCGGCAGGCCACCUGCUCUCAUUUGCCCCUCCCCAGCUGAUGCCCUGGAGAAGGUUGACCACUGGCUCCCUCAGAGCUGAAGUCCCCCGUCCCGCCCCUCCCUGCAGGCCUGCCAGCCUGUGCUGUGCGCCCCACCUUGUCCUUGCUUCCAGUACCCCCUUCCCUCCAGCACACAGGUGCACACACCAGGAAUGGCCACCCCUGUGGCCUGGGGACAGAUGUGGAGAGAGAAGCAGGCCCGCCCCAAACUCGCUUCUCUUUUGGAAUUGAAGGUGGGGUAGGUGGGGUAGGUGGGGGUGAGUGAGGUGGGCAUAGGUGCAGCUGGCUCUGGCUGCUGCGACCAGGUGGGCCCAGUUGUCCCUGUAGCCAUGUGCCCAGUGACACAGCCUGUGCCCAGCAGUGGUGCCACCCCCACUGUUACACAGCUGGAGAGCAUGCCCAGCGGGUGCCCAAGGCCCUGCUGCUGGUAACCUUGGCUGGGCCAGAUGGGAUCUUGGACUUGGAAAAGGGCCCCGCUCUUUCCUGGUGUCCACUUCUUGCCACUUAAGUUUGUGCCUCUCCCUAGAAGUCCACCUCCCUGCUGCCGAACCCUGGGAGGCCAGGAAUUUAUUGUCGCCUGCUGCAGGUGGUGUUGCCAGUGGGUCAUGCCCCCAGGCCAAAGCCUCAGUCCACCUCUGAGCCAGGCUGUUGAAGGCCUGGCUAGUCCUCCAGUGGGUGAUGGUUGACUUGUCCUCCAAUAACCACUGGGCAUGGCAUGGAGAUUCCACCCAGGAAGGCAAAGGACAAGCUUUGGAGCAUCUGCUGGGACUGAGACUGCCCAUUUUGCACAUCUAGCUGUGGGGCACGGAGGGUGGCAUGGCCUUGCCCUGCGGGGUGGGAGCAAGGACACACGGGGACAUGGCUGCAGUGCUCAUGAA